AUGAGAGCUUUUGCUCCGGAGGACAGGGAAAAGACUCCUCCCGCAGGUUACGGCUUUCUCAGGCGACUGAGAAAUAUACGGGAGUGGUGGAGGCAGAGUCCUCAUACCGUGCAGUGGUCCUAUAGGGAAAUCCACGCAUUAAUUAAAACACUUGCUCGACUGGGGUUCGUGGAUAAGAAUUGGCCAUUCAGCAAUCCGAGCACCCAAGGUGGUCUUAGACCCCCCAAGGGAGAAACCGAGACACCUGCUCCCCUUUCCCCAGCAAAGGAGGAUAAAAAAUCAGAAGUGGUUAUAUUUCCCUUUAAGGAGAAACCUAUUACAGGGAGAGAUGAACCAUCCUCGGUGUUUACGUACACACCUUGGACCCAAGCAGAACUUAGAGCCGUGGCUAAGGAAUUUCCCAAUCCAAGUCAGGAUCCAUUGGGAUUUAUAUUUCUGAUGGAGUUAACCAUUGGAGAUACAAGCUCAUUAUGGGAUAGAUUUAUGUGGUUAACACCAGGCUAUGGUCAUUUAAGUUUAAAAGCUCCUCUAUGUUGGGAACAAUUGAAUCAUACUAAGGAUGAUCAGCCUAGUAACAUUAGGAAAUUAGGCUGGGUGCCUUAUGAACAAGGCCUACAUAUUCUUUCCCUUAGAGACAGUGAUUGGUAUGGAACUGACUGGGUCAGAGGAUCAGAGAUUCACUGGGUUGCACCUAAUGGAACUCAAUGGAUUUGUGGUGUUAAUUUAUGGCCUUGGCUUACCCCAGGAUGGAUAGGAAAAUGUACCCUGGGAUUCCCUUGGAGUCAAGGUCAUAUACGUAACAAUUUAGAGAUGACCCCAGCCAAUCUACCAUUGGUACGAGUCCAGUGGGUCAAGAGAUCUGUAUUAUGCUGGUAUGACCAUUUAACAACAAUUUUUGUGCCUUCAAGAGGAUUGAAGAAUGUAAUUGGCCAUAUUGAAGCCUUAACAAAAUUCACUCAACAGCCUUUAAAUGAUAGUAACCAGGCUAUUAGCUUACUGAAUUCUGAGGUCUCCAUGAUGAGAAGAGCAGUGCUACAAGACUGCAUGGCCCUUGACAUCCUUACAGCAUCUCAGGGAGGCACCUGUGCCAUAAUUCAAACUGAAUGCUGUGUUUUCAUACCUGAUGGAUCCUCUAAUGUAACACGUUUAAUGAAGCAUAUGAAAAAUCAGAUUUCUGCCUUAAGGGACCCACUCCCUAGUCUUGACGAUCUCUUCUAA